CAUAUGGCUUGAAACUUAGCGGUCUGUCACUCUUUUCUGAUAACACCAUGAAAUCUAGAUUUAAUACAGUGGAUAUAAUGGCAGUUAUUGCCGAAAUUAAUGCCAACUAUGUUGGUAUGAGAGUAUAUAAUAUAUACGACAUCGACAACAAGACGUAUCUAAUUCGUCUGCAAAAGCCCGAUACCAAGGCUGUCUUACUGAUUGAGUCCGGCACACGCGUUCACUCGACUGAGUUCGAGUGGCCAAAAAACGUCAUGCCCUCAGGUUUUGCCAUGAAAUGCCGGAAGCACCUGAAAUCCAGACGACUGGUUGAGGUGAAGCAGCUGGGUGUUGACAGAAUAGUGGACAUGCAGUUUGGAUCGGACGAAGCUGCUUAUCACCUUAUCGUGGAGCUUUAUGACAGGGGCAACAUCAUCCUCGCGGAUCACGAGUACACCAUACUGAACCUGCUGCGAUUCCGUACCGCCGAGACAGAGGAUGUGAAGAUCGCUGUGAGAGAGAGGUACCCCGUGGAGAACGCCAGGCCUCCUGAACCACUCAUCAGUCUGGACAGACUCACAGAGGUGCUUUCCAAGGCUCCCAGUGGAGAGCAGGUGAAAAGGGUCCUGAAUCCUCAUCUACCGUAUGGAGGCACUCUGAUUGAACACUGCCUGAUGGAGGUGGGACUCCCUGGGCUUAUUAAAGUGGACAGUCAGUUCAACCUCACAGAGGCUGCUCCAAAGAUUCUAGAGGCUCUUCAGAUGGCAGAGGAGUAUAUGGCAAAGACAAAAACUUUUAACGGAAAGGGAUACAUCAUUCAGAAGUGUGAGAAAAAGCCCAGUUUAACUCCAGAUAAACCACACGAAGACUUGCUCACGUAUGAGGAGUUUCACCCCUUCCUGUUCGCCCAGUACGCAAAGAGCCCGUACGUGGAGUUUGACUCUUUCGUAAAGGCAGUUGAUGAGUUUUUUUCAAAAAUGGAGAGUCAGAAGAUCGACAUGAAGGCUUUGCAGCAGGAGAAGCAAGCACUGAAGAAGCUGGACAACGUCAAAAAGGAUCACGAACAGCGAUUAGAAGCUUUGCAUCACGCUCAGGAAGUGGACAGACUGAAGGGUGAGCUGGUGGAGAUGAACCUGCCAGUGGUGGAGCGUGCACUGCAGGUGGUGCGGAGCGCGCUGGCCAAUCAGGUGGACUGGGCGGAGAUAGGGCAGAUAGUUAAGGAAGCGCAGGCAGCAGGGGACCCUGUGGCUUGUGCCAUUAAGGAACUGAAGCUACAGACCAAUCACAUCACAAUGCUUCUCAAGAAUCCGUAUCUGACCUCGGAGGAGGGCGAUGUGGACGAGGAGAGUUCGCCCGACGCGACAGAAAGCUCGGAGACGCAGAAAGGGAAGAAGAACAAAAACAAGAACAAAGGUGAAAAGGCCAAGCUUCAGAAGAACAAGCCUGUCCUGGUGGACGUGGACCUCAGCUUGUCCGCCUACGCCAACGCUAAGAAGUACUAUGACCACAAGAGAACUGCCGCCAAAAAAGAGCAGAAAACAGUCGAAGCUGCACAGAAGGCCUUUAAGUCUGCGGAGAAGAAAACCAAACAAACCCUGAAAGAGGUACAGACCGUCACCACCAUUCAGAAGGCGCGCAAAGUCUACUGGUUUGAGAAGUUUCUCUGGUUUAUCAGCUCAGAAAAUUACCUCGUCAUCGCCGGACGGGACCAGCAGCAGAACGAAUUGAUCGUGAAGCGUUAUCUGAGAGCAGGGGACAUUUACGUUCAUGCCGACCUCCACGGAGCCACAAGCUGCGUCAUCAAGAACCCGUCGGGUGAGCCCGUUCCUCCACGCACACUGACAGAAGCGGGCACCAUGGCUGUGUGUUACAGCGCCGCCUGGGACGCCAAAAUAGUGACCAGCGCCUGGUGGGUCCAUCAUAAUCAGGUCUCUAAGACGGCACCGAGCGGAGAGUACCUGACCACGGGCAGUUUCAUGAUCAGAGGCAAGAAGAACUUUUUGCCGCCCUCCUACCUCAUUAUGGGCUUCAGUUUUCUCUUCAAGGUGGACGAACCGUGUGUGUGGAGACACAAAGGUGAGAGGAAGGUCAAAUCCCUGGAGGAGGAAGUGGAUGAAGUGGCGUCCAGCACCGCCGACCUCCUGGAAGAAGGGGAGGAGCUUUUAGGUGAGGACAGUGGGAACGAGGGAGAGGACAAAGAGGAGGACAGGAUGGAGGAAGGAGAGAGGGAAGAGAGGGAGAAGAAUGAGAGAGAGGAGGAGGAGGAGGAGGAACAUGGAGAGAUGAAGAGUGUGCCUGAGGAGUCAACAGAAGAACCAGAGGAGGUCCAAGCGGAGACAUGGGAGGAGAAGUUGGACGGAGGUGAUGAGGAGGUGAACCGAGGAGAGGAGGAACGAAAUGGAGGAGAGGGAACGGAUGAGGAGAUGAAGAGCGAGGACGACCCUUCUGAGAUCAGUUUCCCAGACACUACUAUCUCCCUCACACACUUACAGUCCAACAGGACGGUUCAGAAUCCCGGUUUCAAGCGGGAGACAUCCAAUGAGGUGGACGCGGACACACAAGGGAAGAAACACCUGACUGCAAAACAGAGGAGGGACAUGAAGAAGAAAAAACAAAAACAGGACAACAGUGAAAACCAGGAGGAGCCGGACGCCAAGAGCGAGGACAGCUUCGGCCCGUCCCCAGACAACCAGAGGGCAAAGGGCACCGGCGCGGCCCAGCAGCCUCUCAAGAGAGGUCAAAAGAACAAGCUGAAGAAAAUCAAAGACAAGUACAAAGACCAAGAUGAAGAGGACAGAGAGCUAAUGAUGAAACUGCUGGGAUCUGCUGGCUCCGGUAAGGAAGAGAAAGGCAAGAAGGGAAAGAAAGGCAAGGGAAAAGAGGAGCCAGUCAAGAAAGGCCCUCAGAAACCUCUCCCAAGGCCCAGAGCGCCCGACGGCGCUGCCAAGAGACCAGAGCCGCGGGGCGAGGACGCGGCUCAGCCGGAGGGGGACGGGACCGCCCCGGAACAGGAGGACAAGGAAGCAGAUGACUUGGACCAAGACAAUCCUGGCACCGAGGACGGGGAGAAUCUGUUGGACUCUCUGACGGGCCAGCCUCACCCAGACGACGUGUUGCUGUUUGCAGUGCCAGUGUGCGCCCCCUACACAGCGCUCACCAACUACAAGCACAAAGUGAAACUGACCCCUGGAACACAGAAGAAGGGAAAAGCCGCCCGCACCGCUGUCAUGAGCUUCAUGCGUGCCAAAGAAUGCAGCACCAGAGAGAAAGACCUUUUCCGCAGCGUCAAGGACACAGACUUGUCGAGGAACAUGCCUGGCAAAGUGAAAGUGUCUGCGCCCAACCUGCUGGCCGUGAAGAAGAAAUGAAAUCCCCCAAAACCUCCUCACAGGGUUUUCCCCCCCGUCCCUGGGUUCGCCACACGGGGGCGGCGAUAAAAGACCAAGACGCGGCUGGUUUGGACGCGCGCGCGCUGAUCCGAGUCGGACCAGCGCAGAUCCAGUUAACGGUGCCGUGUGUCAAAGUGACAGAAGUCGGAACGCUGUUUCCUGCUUCCCCGCUUUUCGCCUGGCACGUCGCUGCCAAAACGAAGAAAAGAAACAAA